CCGAAGAAGCGCCGGAAGUGGCGGAGCUGCUACGGGGGAGUGGUACCCAACUCACCGCGCCAGUUGCCAUGGAGCCCGCGGGGCUCUGCGCCUUCUGCCCGGCCGGGGAAUCGCUGCCCGCGCGCUACACCUGCCCGCGGUGCAACGCUCCCUACUGCUCUCUGCGCUGCUACCGGGCGCAUGGCGCCUGCGCUGAGGACUUCUUUCUUCUACGCGACCAGGUGCUGCGAGAGCUCCGUGGCCGGAGCGCUUCGCCCAGCCGACUGGCGGGCGCACUUCGCCGGCUGCGUGAACAACGCGAGGCCGAGGAUGAGCCGGAGGAAGCAGGACUCAGGCCCGGCGCGGGGCCGGGCGGCCUUUCUGGACUCUGGGAACGCUUGGCGCCACCUGAGAAGGCGGCGUUCGAGCGGUUGCUGAGCCGAGGAGAAGCCGGACGUCUUCUGCCCCCUUGGCGGCCCUGGUGGUGGGGCCGCGGUACCGGCCCGCGUUAUCUGGAGGAGUUGGAUGGUGCCCCGGGCGGGGAUCUUUUGGCUCCAGAGUCCGCCCCUGUGAGGACCACAGUGGAACCACUUGCUGAAAACGACGGUGCCGCCGCGCCGCCCUCAGUGCCCGUUCGGAUCCCAGCGCUGGCCAGCUUGAGCCGCAGCCCGGCCUCGCCACUCGUGCGCUUCCAGCUGCCUAACGUACUGUUCGCCUACGCUCACACUCUCGCCCUGUAUCACGGAGGGGACGACGACGCGCUGCUCUCUGACUUCUGUGCCACACUGCUCGAUGUUUCUGGAGCCCUGGGAGCCCAGCAGGUCUUUGACUCUACGGAGCAAGCCCUGCAGGCCGCAGCCCACGUGCUGGAAGCUGGCGAGCACCCACCUGGGCCCCUGGGUACUCGGGGUGCUAUGCAAGAGGUUGCCCGUAUCCUGCUGGGUGAGGGUCCUAUUAAUCAGAAGGGCUACACGCUGACAGCACUGGGGCACCUGGCUCGGACCCUGGGCCGAGCCCGGAAACAGGCCGUGGUUGGCGAAGAGCGAGAUCGUCUUUAUAGAGCCCGGAAGAAGUGCCAGUUCCUGCUAGCGUGGACCAACGAAAACGAGACUGCCCUCACACCCCUGGCACUAGACUGUGCCAGGACCCACCGAGCCCAUGCUGUGACUGCCGAGGAGAUGGCAUCCCUUACUGGAGAGCUGGAGCGGCUUUGGGGAGGCCCAGUGCCACCUGCUCCAAGGACUCUAAUUGAGGAGCUUCCUGGCUGAGCUGGCUAUCCAUGUCAUUAAUAAAGAUGUGACUGGUCUGCCCAGAUGUUAGCAGCACCU